GGAAACACUUUUAUUUUGGUACGAUCUGACGUCAUAAGGCUGCGCCGCGGUUCUGCAUCUGUUUUGAUUCGGCUGAAGAAAGAUUGUCCAAACACAGAAAAACUCCUGGUGAAGUAACUGAGAUCCAUGUGACACACUAUUAUAAAAAUGGCGUUUAUUAAAGAGGAGAGUGAAGACAUGAAGAUUGAAGAAACAUUCAGUGUGAAACAAGAAGAUACUGAGGAACAAACAGACCUGAUGCCACUGAAAGAAGAAAGUGAAGUCCUGAAUGAUAUGGAAGAGAAAGAUCAGUAUCAGAAACAUCAUGCUUUCAUAACUCAAGAAGAAUCAUUUAGUUGCUCACAGAAUGACAAGACUUCCUCAGGAAAAAUAGCUCUGAAGAGAGGAAAUAGAAGUAAUUUCACCUGCUUUCAGUGUGGAAAGAGUUUCGCUCAAAGAGGAAACCUUAAAAAACAUAUGAGAAUUCACACUGGAGAGAAGCCUUAUUCCUGCAGACUAUGUGGAAAGAGUUUCACAGCAGCACUAAACCUUAAGUAUCACAUGAACCGUCACAGUGGAGAAAAGCCAUUCAGAUGUGAUCAUUGUGAAAAGAGAUUCACACGUAAAAUACAUUUUAAAAACCACAUGAAGAUUCAUUCGAGAGAGAACUGUUUUGUAUGUCAUCAGUGUGGAAAGAGUUUCCCUGAAAAAGGAAACCUUAAAAUCCACAUGAGAAUUCACACUGGAGAGAAGCCUUACACAUGCCCUCAGUGUGGUAAGAGUUUCACAUAUAAAAAAUCCCUUGAUGCCCACAUGAGAAAUCACACUGGAGAGAAUCCUUUCACCUGCCAACUGUGUGGAAAGAGCUUCACUCAAAAAGGAAACCUUAAAAUCCACAUGGAAAAACACACUGGAGAGAGCUCAUACACCUGCCAAAAGUGUGGAAAGAGAUUCACUCAAAAAGGAACCCUUAACAGGCACAUGAGAAUUCACACUGGAGAGAACCCUUUCACCUGCCAACAGUGUGGAAAGAGCUUCACUCAAAAAGGAAACCUUAAAAUUCACAUGAGAAUUCACAAUGGAGAGAGCUCUCACUCCUGUCAACAGUGUGGAAAGAGCUUCACUCAAAAAGGAAACCUUAAAAUCCACAUGAAAAUUCACACUGGAGAGAGCUCUUACUCCUGCCAACAGUGUGGAAAGAGCUUUACUCAAAAAGGAAACCUUAAAAUCCACAUGAGACUUCACACUGGAGAGAAGCUUUACACAUGCCCUCAGUGCGGAAAGAGUUUCACAUAUAAAAAAUCCCUUGACUCCCACAUGAGAAAUCACACUGGAGAGAACCCUUUCACCUGCCAACUGUGUGGAAAGAGCUUCACUCAAAAAUGUAACCUUAAAAUCCACAUGGGAAUACACACUGGAGAGAAGCUUUACACGUGCCCUCAGUGUGGAAAGAGUUUCACUCAAAAAGGAACCCUUAACAGGCACAUGGAAAUUCACAGUGGAGAGAGUUCUUUUACCUGCCAACAGUGUGGAAAGAGUUUUAAUCAAAAAGGAAACCUUAAAACACAUGAGAAUAUACACCAGAGAGAAGCCAUAUACAUGUAUCAUUUUCCUAUUAGCAAUGUAAAGCUGCUUUGAAACAAUCUGAUUUGUAUAAAGUGCUAUGUAAAGGGGCCUUGACUUGACUCUGUGGAAAAAGUUUCAUGGCAGAACCUUAGGCAUCACAUGAACAGUCACUGGAGAAAAGCCGUUCAGAUGAGAUAAUUGUGAAAAGAGAUUCACACUAAAGUAAACCUUAAAGGUCUGGUUUCACAGACAGGGCUUAAACUAAGCCAGGAUUGGGCCUUAGUUCAAAUAGGGCAUUUAACCCUUUCACGCAUGAGUUUAAAAUAUUCUAGCUGACCCCCCAGAGUACGUUUUUUUUUUAAGCCAACCAUUAUUUUGGAAUGUUUUCCCUUAAUUUUUCCAUGGCAACGCAUCAUGCUUGUCACGUAACACACCGCAGCGACAAUAACACUGUAUGACAGAUGAUUCGCUAUUAUUUUUUCUUUUUUUAUUUAAAAUAUUCACAAUCUUGGUUACCAUAUCAUCAACUAUCUGAUAUUCUGAUUCUCAAAUAUGUGUGAGUGUGUUUUGUCAUUUUAAAACCUUUAUAAAUGAUAUUUAUCUUGAACUAUAAUGCGAGAUGGGAGCUGCCAUCUUAGUUUGCACCGCAGUUCGCAGAGUCCUGUCAGUCGGAUUUACAGCACAUGAAUUCAUCAGUUUCUCCCGAAAUACAUGCAACCAAGUGGCUGGUGAACUAGAAGAAUAAUAGAGCAAACUUUAUAGUUACUCAGGCCCACUAUGUGUGUCUGAUAUGAAUAAACGUCGGCAAAUUAUAUUUGAAUGGAUUGUUAUUGCUGUUUCCACUGAUGUCUGACAUCAGUGUGUAUUUUAACUCUAAUUGUAUUGUUUUACUGGUGCUUAUGUGUAUUUAAAUGUCUGAAACCUUAAAAAAAAACCAUUGUGUGCGUCCAUCUCACAGCCAAAGCUCAGUUUGAAUCUGGCAGUUAUGUGACGUCACUGAACGUUCUAAAUCCCAUAUGUGGGACCGUCUCUCAGGGGCACAGAAAUAAAAAUCCCAUGUGUGGGACCGUACCGCUCAAAUGGUUAAGUAGCUUUUAUAAACGUACCCUAGAAAAAAACAUUACUGGUAUGCAUCUUGAGUCAAAACAAUGACAGCUCAAACAUGGAUUUUAGUCUCGGACUAGCUUAAGCCUUGUCUGUGAAACCGGGGGAAAGUGUAACUUUGCCAGUUUUCAACCCGCUUUGUAUUGUUAAGGAGGUAUAUUGUUUGUAUUAUUUGUAGUAAAUGUAAAUUAAAAAUGUUUACCCGUU